CGAAUCAUAUCGACCAUCAACUCUCCACAUUCGAUCCAGGACAUAGAUUACGGCGUCUAUUGUCCUAAGCCUCAACGUAUACUUCUCGCUCGUCGGACACUCAUCGUCUACAAACGCGCCUUGAAGCCGCCCAAAUAGCCAAUCUCAGUAGGCAUCGGCAAAAAGAAUCGCAACCUGAUUCGCGGCACGGAUUUAUCUUGGGAAUAACAAUUGUUUUACACGACUCCACGAGCAUAUCAAACCGUCGCAUUCAGUUAUAUCUACUACCCCGACGCGCCCAAAUCCAAAAUGUCUAUGCACGCGCCCACGUCUCGCACGCGCGAGAAUCCCCCGGGAGACGAAGAAGCCACUGCAGAACUCAGACUGGGAGAAUUCCAGAAUGUGCCUACCCUGACGCUGUCGGAAGCCAGACUUCUUAUCAAUGCAGUCAUGGAUCAUCGAAAGGCACAGCGCAAAGUGGAAGAGACGGAAAUGCUCAUCAAAACCCAAGAUUACCUCGACGUCUUUGCGCGGUUCAAGCAAAAAGAAAACAUUGAAGCCGUGGAACGUAUGCUCGCGACACAUGUCGAGCUCGAGUCUUUUGAGAGAUCACAACUCGGCUCACUAUGCUGCGACACUGCCGAAGAAGCCAAGACCCUGAUCCCCAGUAUCGCGAACAAGAUUAGCGAUGCGGACCUGCAGGAGCUGUUGGACGAAAUUACGAAACUGAGGAAUUAUACUGAGUGAAAUCCACUCUAGUGAUUCCUUUGUUUUCUUUGCUUCUCUUUCAUUUUCCCUUUACCUUUUCUCUUAUUACAUUCAAGACGGCCUCAAAAAAGAAGUACGCUGCAAAAUCAUUUCGGUCAUAAGCAGGCGAAUGGCGUCCCUUUUUUUAGCCCUUUUUUCGUUUUGGCAAUUUCUUCAUCCAACACGGCGCGUAUUUUUCCAACUUCCUUCUAUUCACUUCAUUUAUGCAGCCGGGGCAUAUUUGGAGUCCUCUUUCUCCUUUCAUCCCCACUUUUCUGUUGGCUUGUUGGCUGUUCACAAGAGCACAAGAUCAAAAACGGCAUGGCUUUUGCAAGAAAACUUAAAAUUGGCGGAUUGCAGAUUCUGCUCCCAUCAUAUGCAAUAUUACCAAUUAAGGACGGGGGUC